UAGCAUAAAUUUCAUAACUUUGUUUGCUGCGAGUUUAAAAGUUUCCGUCGGAGAAAAAGCAUACAGGAUCUCCAACGAUCCCAGAAUUCAGAAACCCGGCAAUCAAAUUCCGCCCUUUUUCUUUCUCAAGAUCUCCUUCUCUCUCUGAUUCAAUCAAUUCGAUCCUUGAUCCUUGAUCCUUGAUCGUUGCAAGGUGGAGAUGCGGUUCUUCAGGAAGAUUGCAGGAAUUCUAGGGCUUUCCAAGGACGAUGCUCACGACGUCAAGCACGAAGAUGAAGACGUUGAUUCCGAUAAUCAGGCUCGGCGGGGCUUUAGCGUCCCAGUUGAGGUCGCUGUCAAUCGUCCGCAACCCGGUCCUGUUCUUGUUCCCUCUAGUUCACGUGAUGGUGGAGUUCAGGGUUUAACAUGGUAUGCUAAGCGCCUUCGAGUUGAUGAAGAUGGAGAUGUAGCCGAACAGUUCCUGGAUGAGGUCUUACCUGAGAUACCAGCCAGUACUACAGACCACCACAAGGCGUUUCCCCGAUUUCAGAUAAAUAAUAGAAACAGACCAGCUAAAGUAGAGAAGCAGGUUAUAUUGCAGGAAGGUAAACUUCAACAGUGUAUUGAACAUCAAGGUAGAUUGCUAUUGGUAUGAAGGGGGAAAAAAACCUGAGAAAACUGAUCCCUUCACACAUUUGUGUCCAAGGUUCGAUAUUUUAAGUUUAUUUGCACAUGGUGGUCAAGUUAUGAGGAUGAUCUGUGUUGGUUUUGAUGACGAGAAAGCUUCGCAUACAGUACCGAAGCUUGCAUCAACUAUAUUAAGAAGUCUACAUUAGAGGCUUAGAUACCCGGUUCUUUCUCAAGCGUUAUGGUUGUGCUGCUGAUCCUUGAACCCUAAAGGUGGAGGAGGUAAAAGAGAAACAGAAAUGGCCACUAACACACUAACCAUUUGAAUCUGCAGCUUUAAGUUGAUUAAUCUGUCUUGUUCUUCACUUGUUCUUCACUAGUCAUAGGGUUGCAUUUCAUGGAUAGUCCUCUAGGUAUUAGUUGUAUGAAUUGUAUGAUUUUUUAGUAUAGUGAGCCCAGAUGGGUGAGGUGUGAACUCAAGAUUCACUAGAAUGUUUAUUAUGUAUGUUAAAACCAUUCAAAGUUAAUGAUUUGAUUCCAUUUUUAUUUCCAGUUUU